AUGUACAACACAGCUGCGAAUGGCCUCGCAGAAGCAUUCAGUAAAACUUUAUGCAAUCAUCUGAAGAAAAUUGUCUCCAAGUCAAAGAAGGAUUGGCAAGAAAGAAUCAGUGAAGCAUUGUGGGCAUAUCGAACCACUCAUUGCACUCCUACAGGGGUUACACCAUAUUCGCUUGUUUACGGUGUAGAGGUUGUCCUUUUCCUUGAAAGAGAAAUCUCAUCGUUAAGAAUUGCAGGGCAAGAGGGGAUGACUACCAAAGACAAUGUCAAGUUACAUCUGCAAGAGUUAGAAGCACUUGAUGAAAAGCGGUUAGAAACUCAACAAGCAUUGAAAUGUUACCAAGUGAGAAUGUCUAAAGCUUUUGAUAAGCACGUUAAACCUCGCUCCUUUCAGGUUGGUGAUCUAGUACUUGCUGAAACCGAUCAUCACAAUGAGGCAUACAGAAAAUAA